GAGUACAUGAGAACCAGUACCCUACCUUUUCACAAGAAGUCGAAAUACCUGUUGAUCCGUCGAUCAUGAUAUUACUCCAUAAUGUCUCUAUCCACGUUCCCUAAAAUAUUCAUGGAAUACCACUCACCUCCUUACCUCCCAGAGCGUUAGAGUUCAAUAUCAGGGUCGUCAAGGUAAGCUUCUCCCCAAGUUAGCAAAUUCUAGCGUCGCAUUGUCUGACCUCGGCUAGCGUGUCCAAACUCUGCUCGAGCACCAGAAGCUGGGGCGCUUAACACACCCCUCCUUUUCUGCAAGAACCGACAACCUGCGCCCACGGUACUUGCACUUGUACCACACCGAAAAUAAAAUCAAGUGCUUCUCGACUUUACUCGAGCACUGGGUCAUCUGUAUUUUUACUUACUACGAGUGCUAUUACACACAAUUCGCCAAUCUGGACCUCCGUUGAUAACACUUCGGGGGAAUGAUUGCGAGCACGGAUUGAAGGGAAAAGGAACAUCAGCCGCACCAGGAAUCAUGUACCUGAAUUGAAUCGGAUGACUGAGCUCAUGCGUGCUGCAGACGGCUUAGCAGGAGCAUCUCUCGGACAGAAGGGAAGAAAGAGGAAAAGAAAAAAGAGGCACCACAAUAAUACCGUACACAAUAAUAUUAUAUCAUAUCCAAGUGUCUGAUUGGGGCGGGAGAAAGAGGAAGCAGAGCGGAAGUACCGAAGAUUCGCCCCCCCUCCCUGAUCGGUGCUCCCUUUGGUCUAUUUGUGCCACUAUAACUAAGACAUCUAAAAUGGAAGGAAAAAAGAAAAGGCAUAAUAAACUAAUACCCUACCAUCCGCCCUUUCGGACGCCCUACGUUUCGUCUCCUUUGUUCCUGUUCGUCCACCCGUGUGCGUGUGUUUGGAUACGCUCGUACUCGUCCGAGCUCUGAGCUUGAGCUUGUAUUUUUCUUGGUACUAUUGCCAUUAUUACUCCUACUAUCCCGCUCCUUUUAAUACUUGGGGAUUCCUCUAUUGUGUUGGACCGUGUCCACUCCAUUGCUGGCAACAAAUAAGGUUGCAUUCUCUAUUUUAAAGAUAAAAGAAAGAACUCUCUUUUUCGGGAAAGGUUGCGACACACUCCUUCUCCAAUCAUCAAGCGUUAUCUCUGGAAAAGAUGCCAAAGCUCAACAUUUCCCCACCCUCAUUACUGUUCUUCCUCUCCAUCAUUCUCCUCCUCAACCCGACAUUCACCGUCGCGCUCAUUACCCAAGAGACCGGCGAUGUAGACGAAGAAAAGCAGGGCCAGGCCGUCGUGUCAGCCGAGACCAACGAUACACCGUCCCACGGGUCUCCUCCCCCCCCGGGGCCAAACCCCGCACAGACCGGACCAAAAUCCAUAAUCCCAGGCUGGGACGAUAGCUUAGCCAUAGCCUUCAUCGUCGGCGGCAUUUCCCUUAUUAUGGUCAUUCCCAUGUUUGUCUAUAUCUGGCGCAGGCGGAGACGUCUACGACGAGCGAGGGUGCCGCCUCGAAGCCUAGAUAAGGUCGCGUUGGUCAACAGGAAGGGGUCUUUGGCCUCCGUUGAUGAAGAGGAAUCUCCGCUACCGUCGCCACGGGGAAAGCUUGAGAGGAGGGGGACUGGAGUCAGUUUUGCUUCAGAGGUCACAAUUAUGGAUGAGAUCCCGAAGCCGCAGCCGGUUUUUCACGCUAUGUGAAGUGUCUCGAUUAUGAGAGGGGAGGUAGUACCUGGAUGGUUGGAUAUGAAUUGAUCGGGAUAUGGAUGGACGAAUGGGGCGACAGUUUGCAGCAACACAUUCCUUUUACUAAAUUCUCUUGUAUUUAUUAACGUUUAUCCCCGAUGUUUAUUUUACUGCGGGCAUCAUCGGUGGACUGGGCCGUGAGGUGGCCCGAACAGACAUUCGCUCCUUCUUUCAUUGACUCUUUCCUCGAGGCAUCCUUAUGACUUGGUAGCCGUAACACACAUUACGCGGGAGGAGGAAUCGGGGAAAUAAAAUGUGCCCCAUGUAACAAGACGCGUCUCAUAAUAGGAACACAAAAUCAUUAUC